CCCAGAUCGCCAACCGUGUAAAUCAGGAAGAAAGUAACGCUAAUGAACCCUUGAAAUACACUUUCAGCAUUCUUCGACUCUUCUUGUCGUCUUUCCCGACUGGUUCACCUUCCCAGGGUAGUCAGGCGACUUUUGAUUGCAAAAUGUUUUCGCACACGUCGAAGAAACGAAUUUAAGCCCACUCCAUAAACGAAGAAUUGCAACAGCAUGCGGAGCUUGAGUAUGACGGGAUCACGAACAGAAAUCUACUUUGCUAUAUCGUUUGUGUUUGUCGCCACGUUUAACGCCAGUCAAGGUAAUUUAGAGGGACAUCUUGAGCCAUUAUUCUCACACGGCAAGAGGCUUGAGGUAGAAGUUUACGAUGGGUUUCCAACAGCGGAAGAAUUCUUCAGAAGAUUUGUUGAUGUUGAAAAACCUGUUCUUCUCCGCGGCGCAGCGCGACUAUUUCCAGCCUUUUCUUUAUGGAAUGACGAAUAUUUUCUUUCCUAUACCGAGAGUGAGGAACUUUUAGUUACAGUGGAAGUUGACAAAAAAGAGAAUCGUUCAGCUCCUGGGGAAGAUUUAUCAUUUGCAGACUUUGUACGCGAUAUGCACUCUUCAGGGAAAUAUAUGAUAAGUUCAGUCCCUGAAUUUUUGAGGAAGGAUAUACUUUUGCCAUUUCCAAUAGCUUGUCAUGAUAUUACACAAGGAAACCUUGUUCACGAAAUUUUGUGGUUCAGUAGUGGAGGAACCAAGUCUGUCCUUCACAAUGAUCAUGCAGAAAAUAUCAUGUGUGUGUUUAAGGGAACCAAAGAAUUCUUCUUGAUAGAUAGGGAAUAUCAGGAGCAGGUAAAUGUGACAGAACGUGGAUAUUCUGAAGUAGAUGUGGACAGGGUGGACCUGUUCAAGUAUCCAGGACUUCACAAAAUAGAACAUCACUUUGCCUUCAUUGAGCCUGGUGAUUGCCUUUAUGUUCCGUUUCUUUGGGUUCAUUAUGUGCGGUCUUAUGACCUCAACAUGGCUGUCAACAUUUGGUGGAGGCAUGGGGUAAAAGUGAACUUCAGAAACUGUGACACAGAACUGGGAACAACCAUCGAAGAUUUGACUUUUAUUGGGUUUGGAGCACUUCACGAUGCCCAGGAAAAGUUGAUCAGAAACCGUUUAUUCGAGGCAGUUAAGUUACGUGGUGACAACAUUUCACUUAAAGGACUUCAAGGGUUCUUUACACAACCAGAUGUUUUAGGCCAUGAUGUGCACUGGUCGGAAGAAAUGUAUAACGUCUUGCAGAAACUCUUCAGUGUCUUGGACCGGACACAAGAUGAUAAGAUAACGUCCGACGACCUGAGUCACUUGCAUCAAGAGGAUUGGGAACACGUUCGCGUGUUGGUAACUGAUUUGACAGAUUUAUCAAUGGCGGAAAACGACAUGAGGGAUGAAGAGAUGAUUUCUGAAGCUGAACAAUUUGGAGAAGCGAUCGAGGAUGAAUCCGAUUUACAUACGGAACUAUGACAAAAGUACUAAGUAAAAUUUUCAAUUUGAACCAGCUCUGAGAUUCAGGAAACUUUUCGCCCUAACAUAGCAUUCGUAUGCUCCACACUGUCCUCUUUACAUUCCUGUGGUACUGACAGGGAGAAUUUGUUUGACAAUCAGGAGCUUCUAAAAUUUGCGAUCAUUUUCUUUGUUCUUUUUUUAUUUUAAGAUUGAUACUGUAAGGAGAGUUAAGAGGCAGGAUCUUCUCUUAAGAGUUAAAGGAUAAGGAGUAAAUUAGGACUUUAUUAAAGGAAAAAACUAAGUGAAUUAAUAACUUAAAAUAGCUGAUGAAUGAUUGAAUGGUAAAUGAAUGAAAGACUAAUUGCACUGAUAUCUCUGUUUAAGACAUGAUCACUUAAAUGUUUAACCCCUUAAACUUUCAUAUCUUUAUCUGAAAGAAAGAUUUUGAA